GGGAGUGCUCGUAGAGGUUUUGCGAUAUAAAUAAUGAAAUAUUGAGAUUGCUAGAGAAGAACUCACACGAAAGGAGCAUAGAAACAAGGAUCUCUGUUUUUCAUUUAGGUGAUUUCUCAAUCAGAAGAAAACUAUGUCUUCUAAGGGAGGUGGUAGAGGAGUACAUUCGGGAAGAGGAGGGAAAACAAGAGGAAAAUCGACAUCUCGUUCGGCGAAGGCUGGAGUGUUGUUCCCUGUCGGCCGUAUGGACCGAUACCUCCGCAAAAGCACCCACCGCUACCGCAUAGGUUCCGGCGCCCCGGUGUAUCUCGCUGCGGUGAUUGAGUAUUUGACUGCCGAGAUUCUUGAGCUGGCUGGGAAUGCAGCAAGGGACAAUCGUAAAGCUCGUGUGACCCCGAGGCACAUCCUACUGGCCGUCGCCAACGACGAAGAGCUUCACCACCUCCUCAAGAACGUUACCAUUGCAAGCGGGGGUGUCCUCCCUCAAAUUCACCCCGAGCUACUGACCAAGAAGCGUGGUACCAAGGCCAAGUCUGUCUUCGAUCUCGGCCAGGCAAGUCCAAAGAGUCCUGUAUUGCCGAAGAAACCAAAGACACCUGCAGAGAAGAAGCAGCUGCCUGUCGUGAAGAAACCUGUCCCCAAGAAAGCUGCAUCAUCUCCUGCUGCCCUUGGCAAGGGAAAGAGUGCAUCAGCAAAGUCCAUUCUGGGGGAGAAAAAGUUAUUCCUUGGACAAAAGCUAACAGUUGUGAAAGGAGAUCUAACUGAAAUCACAGCAGAUGCUUUGGUCCAUCCUACCAACUCCACCUAUGCGAUGGCAGGAGAAGUCGGAAGUGCACUCGAAAAGGUAGGAGGUAAAUCCUACGUUGAGGAAGUGGUGAAGCUGCGAGGAGCUCAGUCUUUAGAUACGUGUGGAGCUGCCAUCUGCCCUGCCCACAAUCUUCCAGCCAAGUAUGUAAUUCAUGUCAACAGCCCCAGCUGGGGAGGGGCUGGUGCUAUAAGCAACCUGGAGAAGUGCAUCAAGAAUUGCCUGGCUCUAGCAGACGAGAAGAAAAUCACCUCUAUAGCCAUUCCGUCCGUUAGUAGCGGCAGAGCUGGUUUCCCAAAGCAGACCGCAGCUGAGACUAUCCUCCGUACCAUCAGCCACUACUUCGUGUCAGUCAUGGCCUCCUCCCUCAAACAGAUCUACUUUGUUCUUUACGACCAAGAGAGCGUUGACGUCUACGUCACAGAACUCAAUAGGCUCGAACCCGAUCAAUGAGGGGGUUCGUUGGACCAAACUUAGAGGAUAUUAGCAUCUUAGCCAAGUUGUACAUGUUUGUAUAUCUCUUUUGUCAUUUUCUAUAGAGUGGUUUAACAUUGAAAGAUGUCGGGAGGGUGAGAUACGAGUACGUGAUUUCUAAACUCUGUACAUGCAGUAUGUAGUCCCACUAAUUGAGGUGUGUUCUGGAAAGAAGCUUUAUUGUUUUUCACACAAGUAAUAGGAGAUUUGAUAUAAAAGCUUUGAGAGUUUAUGGAUACCGGUAAAUUUGUCAGCUCCCUUGUUUGAUUGCAGGCCGAGGUUGUUCGAUUGAUCUGCAUUAAAACAUUAGCCAAUGAUUUGGUAUUAAGAAUGCAUACGUCCAGUUGAGCAUUUCAUGGAGUGUGAGUCCCUGACAUUUCCUCUCAGCCAAUCAGAUUCAAGCAUUUCAUUUUCAGUAGCUUGUAACAGUUAGUGAUUUUUCACAAACAAGGCGCUUCAUGAAAUGCUGCUAUCACUAACAACCUCAUUUCAUGUGUGAGCCAUUGUGAUACUUGUCGUGACCAUCUCACAAUCCUGAUGGCACUUUCUAAUGCUGCAUCUUACAAAUGCUGUGCAUUCAAUUAAAUAUUUCUUAAGAUGUACAUUCUGUUGUUAAAAUUACGUCUAGAUUUACAAAAUGAUAUUCUCCUGUAGGAACUAAGUCCAAAUGAGAUUAAUAAACUGCUGUGCUUAUCUAUUAUUUUUAAGUAAAUUACUUUCUUUGAUCCCCAGAGAUGCCUGUAUGUUUUGCUCUUGAAGUUAUCAUUAUAAAAGUCAAUCCAAUUUGCCGAUAUGAAAUAUGAUAAUUUAACAAUGUAGUACAUGUAGCAGUCUGUUUUGUUUCAUAUGAGUAUGGUAACCAGUGUUGUUACGGCACGUGGAAAGAGGAUUGUUCAUUCAAAAUGUAUAUUUGAUAUCUUACCUCUUUUUAAAUGAUCAUGAAAGUGAGCUUUUUUGAUGUACAAAAUUGUGAUUUGUAUUUGUAGAAUUUCCCUAUUUUUGAUGUGCAUUUAUUGAUAGAUCACGUCAGAUAUUAGUGUAAAUGUAGAUGAGAUACUGUACUUUGAGAGCGUAAGCCUUGUCAGGAGACAAGAAAGAGUCUAGACUGCAAAUAUGAGUGCGUUCACCACAAUAUGAAUAGAUCAUAGAUAUGGUUAGAUAUUUUUAUUAUUAUUAUUAUUAAUAAUCAUGACGCUGAUUAAGUUAGAGGAAUAUCUUGUAAUGCCAAUGCUGCUUGAAGUUGAGUUCUUUUGCUUUGGUCAUUUUGUCUCGCAUAGCAAAGUGAGACUGAAGGCACCGCUUUUCCAACGGCAGCGGCGGCGUCAACAUUGAAAUCUUAACCUAAGGUUAAGUUUUGAAAUGACACCAUAACUUAGAAAGUAUAUGGACCUAGUUCAUGAAACAAACUUGGACAUAAGGGUUAUCAAGUAUUACUGAACGUCCUGCCAGAGUUUAUGGUCACAUGACUGAGGUCGAAGGUCAUUUAGGGUCAAUGAUCUUUGGCCAUUUUGGGGGUAAUUGUUUAAUUACCAUUGUAACUUUGAAU